AUGUUUCUUAAGGAAGCAGUGAUAAAAAUGAAGAGAGAGAUGCAGCGGUACCUGGAAAAUGAGCUGAAGAGGGAAUCUGAAGCUGCAGAGCAGCGCAUGGCUCACAAACUUCAGCGCAUCCUGAUGGAGUGUGCUUUGGAAAAGAUGCACGCUGUAGUGGAAGCCAGAAAACAGGAGAGGCAGACAGCAUCCCAAGCAAUGGCCAAGCAGCAAAAAAAGUACGCAGAGCAACUCCAGGAAGCAGGGAUAUUGGCUAACGAAAUACAUCAGAAGAACCUGGAUCAAUUAAAAAAAGAAAAACUUUAUGAAAUGAGUGUUGCCUUGGACAUCACUCAAAAAGAGAAUCAAGAGGAGGCUGAAAAACAGCUCAAAGAAGCAGAGAAAACACAUCAGGCCAUAUAUGGAGAAGUGACAACCAGCCUGAGAGAGACAGAAGCUCAAGUACAGAUUCUUACCCAACAGCUGGAAAGCAUGACAGCUUGGAAAGACAACCUGGAAGCUGAAAUAGAAGAAACAAGACAAUCUUUUCAAAACUACAUUGAUAUUACAUUUCCUAAGCUGACCCCAGGACAAGCAGAUUUUAUCCUGCCAUUCAGAAAGAGACCUGAAUACAGGGAUACAAAAAAGGAAACAGAUAAUGACAAAGGAAUGUAAAGACAGGAUCAGUGUGAGAUUUACUGCAAG